GCCGACAUCAGGCUCUCAUGCUCUAAUCGACGACAACGACACGCGCAAGACGAAGGCUCUCCUGAAUCGACACACCGGAAUGUCCUGUAACCGCUCUGAACUCCCUGAGAUCACCGAUGCUCUGCGGCAUUAGAGCGACUACGCGACCUGCCAUGUAGAAGAAGCCACCACGAUGGCGUCCUUCACACCAUAUACCUACAUACAAUGCCCUUGCUAUGAUGCAAACGGGAAUGGACAUACUGGCGAGGACCAAGCCGAAAACGCCACGGACGGUGGCCAUAUCGAUGAUGAUGCGGACGAAAACACAUUCGAUCCACGUUCGCCAAGAUCCGGUUAUAGCUUGUUCCCCCUCGAACAUCUGCUGUACUGCGACGUUUGCCAGCAGAUUCGAUGCCCGCGCUGCGUGGCUGAGGAGCUAGUCAAUAUCUAUUGCCCUAAUUGUCUGUUCGAGGUAGCCACGAGCAGUUUGAAGACAGAAGGCAAUCGAUGCACCCGAAGCUGCUUUCAGUGUCCUAUCUGUAUUGGGCCGCUUUCUGUGCAGGCUCUUGAGACCGCUCCUGAUCCGGGCCUUCUUCAAGCAGAGAACCCGGCCGCCCAGCCCACUUCUGGGCCAUGGAUAUUAACCUGCUCCUACUGUCAUUGGACAUCCACAGAAAUCGGCGUCCAAUUUGAUAAGCCGCAGGGCAUAUCAGCACAACUUGCCAAACUUCGUAAUGGCGACGACGUGAACAGACAGCUCUAUGGUAGUCCUGUUGGCGAUAUGUCGCCGCUCAAGAGUGACGCGGUACCCGAUGCGACUAAGUCGCGGUUCGCGACAUUGAAAUCAUUCUAUCAGUCCCAGCUAGCCGAGUCAACAUCCGGUGGCGCUGUGGCAGGGCUUGGGGAAUACGGGUAUAGCUCACCAGCCGCACUGUCUCGUAUAAUGAACAUCUACUCUGGCAACCUUGGAGGCCUGAAGCCUAAGGGCCGGGCGCCGGUGAUGCGGGAGGCUGACACUCCUGCCGAGGGUCUCCGGUUGAGUGACCUCGACGAGACGGCUGCGCAAGCAAAACUACGUAGUGGGGGCUAUGAUGGGAGUGUCACGAUAGAGCAGGCCAAGGCGCAAGUCGAAGAAGGCGCUCGGUUUGCAGAUGAGCUCUGGCCGAUCCCAUACCUGCUCCGCUCGAAACGAUCCAAGCGGUGCCCCGUUUGCAGGCACAUCAUCAGCAAGCCCGAAUCGAAAGUUGGUAACACCCGCUGGCGAAUCAGGCUUGUGGCGAACAACUACAUCCCCUCCAUCUCGAUACGACCUCUCAGCCCUCCAGCUCCAGCUGCAUCAUUGCUGAAACCACUCAACCCCGUCCAGUUCCUGCUCACCUUUAAGAACCCAAUCUUUGAAGACGUCAAGGUCACGCUUGCUACUCCAGCGGUCACGCCAGGACGUUUUGCAUCACGCGUGACGAUCUUGUGCCCGCAGUUCUCGCUGGAUGCCAACACAGACACCGACAUGUACCUGGAGGAUGUUCUUAAGGAUGGCGGCAGCAAGGAGCGCCAACGGCGCCAGCCGGGUGAGGACGGGAUGCAGCAGGCCGAGGCGGGCAAGGUAUGGGAGCGCGGCCGGAACUGGGUCAGCAUUGUGGUGGAGGUGGUGCCUGCGUCUCUACGCAAUGAGCCGCCGCCUGCCCUUCUGCACAAAGACGGAGACCCCGAGCCGGAUCUCAGUCCACUCAAGGAGAACGAGGACAUCUUGGAAAUUCCCCUGUUCGUGCAUCUCGAGUGGGAGGGCGAGGUGUCUCAAGACCAAGUCGGCACAGCCAUUGGCAAGGAGAAAGAUGCAAAGGAGAAGAAGGAGCUGGCUUAUUGGUCGGUGCUUGGUCUGGGCAGGAUCGAGCAGGCUUGAGAAUGGGAAAAAUAGAGACGCGGACAUGACUGGCUAGAUUUGUUUCGGAGCAUCAUAGAAUACCUUGCGGAUACCCAAAAGCAUAAGCAUGAGAUGGAAUAUUUAUCAGUUUCUGCGAGGUUUGGGC